GCUUUUUUGAUACUUCCGGGUCAACUCACUUUUUGGAGAAAAUAGUUUCAAACAUCCAAACAGUUUUCAGCCCCCGUUCUAGCUGUGAGUUAUUUGGAGUAAAGGGGUUUAUUAUGGAUUUUACAUCAUAUAUUAUAGUCGCGGUUGAUCUGAGAAGCACAUUUGCAGCAGCAGGUGACCGGAAGAAGCUGCUUCAGUGAAGCAUUAAGCUAGCAGGCUAACAGCACACCACAGAAAGGCUUUCAGGACGUUGUUCUUUCAGCCAUCAUAGGAACUGAAAACGGUGACAUUGGACUAUCGGUGAUUCUGCAUAAGACCCGUCUGCCUUUCCGGGACUCCAUGAUUUAGAUGGGAUUCAGUUGGCCGGUGCAGCGAAGCUUCAAUCAUCCGAAGUCCUGUUAAAAACAUGGAGGAUGAGGAGGUAGCAGAGAGCUGGGAGGAAGCAGCAGACAGCGGGGAAAUUGAAAGAAGACUUGAGGCAAAGCUAAAGAUAAAUCAGGAGGCAAAGAAGUCCACUUUGAAAUCUGCGGGUUCACCUGUGCGAACCGCCGUUGUCAUCCAGGAUGACUCUCUGCCGGCAGCACCCCCGCCUCAAAUCCGAAUAUUAAAGCGGCCUUCCAAUAAUGUUUCUGCAGGAAACUCUUCUCUGUCUCGUCCUUCGCAGCAGACUAAAUCUUUGGCCCAACGUGAGGCAGAGUAUGCGGAGGCAAGGAGGAGGAUUUUAGGAAGUGCUUCUUCAGAAGAAACACCUCAGGACAAUCCAGGCCAGGAUAGACCUCCUCGUGUGAGCGUGCAGCCACAGUUAGAACCCGUUCGUCCAAUCAAUCAGGCGAUCCGUCAGCCUACCGGACCUGAUGGCACCCCGGGCUUCCGCCUCUGUAGAUAAAUCAGAGCUGCCUGGUCCAAGGCAGCAGCUGCCUCCAUGAGAAGACACAGCGGGUGGAGGUUGAUGGGGUUUAAAGAGCAGAGUGGUGGGUGGGUGACGAAGCUCGGACCUAAACUAACUCCUGAACCCCCUCUCUGCUCUGCUCUGCUCUGUUGGCUGGAUCAGUUCUUGCUUUUUGCCUCGUCUUUGUAAAGGUGGCAGAGAUCAAAGAAACCAAACCCCUUCUGUUCCACACAGCAAACAGGCGCACACUGUGAUGCUUUGAUGCACUGGGACGUGUCCUGGGGUCCAAAGGCCUGACUGCUGGGCUGCAUGAUGACCUAUCAGGUGUUUGUCCUUUCAGGCAGAAACAAUAAAACUUGUGACUCUGUGGGGAAAGUCACAGUGUCAUGAAGGCAGACGAGCUGGUCCUGUGCUGACGGGUCAUGACCACAAAAAUGGUCUCGAUUCUUUAGGUGAGCUGGAGUCCAAGUUCUUAAAGGUGCCAAGAAGUGACUCUGCGCUGAGCAGCUCGAGUGUAAAGACAGAAAGUUUGUUCCCAUAGACGGCACAGAACCCAUAACGUGCUUCUUACCACAGAUGACAGGCGUGACGUGAGCUUUGCUCCACAAAACUCCUCCAGCACCGCGAUCUAAAAGAAAAAACCUGUUCAAGCGUUCACAUUUUAAAAAAAACGGUUGUUUGAAGGACACUGUCCUAAAAACCUGUCUUUUUCAAGCAAUAACAGUAAGAUUUUGUUUUAGAACAUGAACAUUGGUGUCCCCCCCCCAGGUGACAACCUGGGCCGUCAGCAUUUAAACGGAAGGACUUGGCGGCUAAAGAACUGAUGGUUUCUAAUAAAAGAGGGGAAAUGCCUUUUAAUCGCAAAGCAAAGGCUUUUGUGCGUCAACGUCCCAAAAUGCUGAAUUAUGUUAGAAGUACAAUGCUGGAGUCUGUUUUUAGGCUGACCACACUGUACCUGCUCACAUCUAUCUGCUUGAGUGCACUGUUGUCAUGGAGACGGAUAUAAUCCUACGUUAAAGUUUGACAAAUUUUAAAUAACUCCCCAAGUUUAGUUGAACGUCCACCUGUUUUUUUUUUACGUUUUGCAAAGCAGGAUUUUUGCAAUAUUGCUUGUGGUUUGUUACAUAGUAAAAACAGCGGUAUGUAAACUGUCAAAUCAAAUAGAGGAUAAAGAAAAGCUUCCUGUACGAACUGCUGGGUUCACAAUAAAUGACGUAGGUCUGAAAGCUCACUUUGAUGCCUUAAAUGAGAACUGAUCCCUUCUCGCCAGCUGACACUUGUGUGGUGUUUUCUUUGGCUUUUUUCUGAGGUUUUUGUGUGCUUAUUAGUAGCUUAUGGUUUUCUUGACCAGAUCCUGCUCAGUCUAGGCACACAUUUACAGAAAUGUUAAAUCAAAUGACUUAUGCUGCUCAAAAACAUUUCAGUUCCACUGAGCUCACGCUCCAUCAAACAAUAGCUGGUACAAAAAAAAGUUUAGAGUCACUUCAGUAUUUUUGUUCUAAUGAAUGACAUAUUUUUUACAUAUUUGGAACCAGAUUUUAUAUUAAAUCUAGUGAAUAUCUUAUCGUAAAGUUGAUUUAGUAAUGAUCCUAAAUGAGCUCAGUGAGAUCUGCUAAUAUUUUCCAGCAGUCAUUUAAAGUCACCAGUGAGGUUGAAUUGAUGUCAUUGUUUUCAAAUUAAAACCACAAAGGAAAUUGGAAUACUUUUAAUAAACAAAGUGAUACAUUUUUC